CGCUCUCGCAUCGUUAGUGAAACUGUGCACCCCACACCAUGUCUUGGCAUUCAGCAAACGUCCUUACGCAUGGCAUACACGCAUCGCAUCGCAUCAUCCAACCCAUGGACGUACGUCACAUGUCUACCUUAUCCCAUUGUUCGCCGCUGCACUGCAUGCGCCAGACAAAAAACUGCCUGGGCACACGGCCUACCUCCGCCCACUCACUGCCGCAGCUCUUUCCUGCCACGAUGUUCCAGCUCAGACAGGCCACCCUCACGAGAAGCGGCCCACCUUGUGGCAAGUGGGCCGCUUGACCUAAGGGCCACCCGAGAGAGCGGUAGUCAUCUUGACCGAAACGCCCCUCGGCAAGGCAAAUGAAAACAGUGGAUCAAGAAAACCACCCAGUCUCACAGCAGAGAAACACCCAUCGACCCAUCCACCCACAGGCCGCUGCUGAGGUACUAUCAAGGCCUUUCUGCUCCUCUCACCCUCCUCUCCUCUCCUCCAAAUGCAUGUAUGCCCUCUCCCUCGGACAGUCGUGUGCGGAUGGGAAGAAGUCAUGUCAUGUGGUGAAAAAACUUGGAACCAGGAAUCAGCCAGGCAGGCCAGCAGCGUAGUGUGUGUCGUGUGUGCGAUCAGGUGCGAUGCGAUGCGAUAGACAUGCAGGGAGGCAGGGAGGAAGGGAGGGAGAGAGGCUCACAGGCAUGAUGUGAUGUACAGUACAACACGUACGUGUCCGUAUUCUUCUGUCUGUCUGUCUGUCCAGCUAGCGAGAGAAACCAGCUGUCUGUUCAUCGCCCCGCCCGCCCCGCCGCCAGGUCGAUGUACGUAUGUGUCAGAAGGUCCCCUUGUUCUCGGGGGCCUUGCCUCGGAGGGCGUGCACCUCCUCCCUAACACAACACACACAGCCAGACAGCCAAAUGGGUGCAUUCAUGCGGGUUUGGGGCAUUCGUUGCGUGUCUGCCUUAGUCACCUGAGUCUGUCAAUCUCCUUAACGCUCGACUCUGCACACACACACACACGCACACACACACAUGAGGGACAGGACGCAGCCAGUGCACCGAUAGAUCUAUGUGGAUCUGCCCCUCCCCCAGGCCUCACCUUUGAAUGCGUAGUAUUUCUUGUAGAGGAGUGAGACCUCCUUGUAGGCCAUCUUGGCGAUUUCCUUGGCGUCGAGCUUCUCCAGCUCCGCGUCGGUGAGGGGGGGCGUGUGCACAGUGUCGGUCAUGCUUCGUCCCGGGGGAGGUUGCUGCUGGUGUGACGAAACGGGCGUCACUUCCGAGGCCU